UGACUUGCUCGAGCUAAAUGACAGCACAGUUCUUUUCGAUUGAAAACUUGAAGGCGUCAGUUGUGUUUUUCUUUGCAUUUCACGUUUCGUGUCCGAAUUAAAAGACUUAAAAAUGCGUUACGUGGCUGCAUACUUGUUGGCUGUUAUCGGCGGAAAGGAAGCCCCCGCUAAUGCAGACCUUGAGAAAAUUCUCAGCUCUGUCGGUAUUGAAGUGGACAAUGAGCGUCUAUCAAAGGUGAUAAAGGAACUCGAUGGCAAAAGUAUUGAAGAUCUGAUCAAGGAAGGACGUGAAAAGCUGUCUUCGAUGCCAGUUGGUGGGAGCGCUGUAACUGCUGCUCCAUCUGCUGGUACUCCAGCAGCUCCAGGUGCUGGUGAGAAAAAGGAAGCCAGCAAAGAAGAGAAGAAGGAAGAUUCCGAAUCUGAGGAUGACGAUAUGGGCUUCGCUCUCUUCGAGUAAACUGAUUUUGUUGACAUUCUACUUAAAAGUCGUAUAUAAAGCAGAACACGUACAAUAGCAUAAAGUUAUAUCACAAAACGGAAAAAUUCUCUACGAUCAGUCGCCAUCUGAAACUGCAGCUGUACAAUUGCGAUUCCAAAUUUAUUUCACAACCCAAAAACUUACAUUUUAAAAAGCUCAAUGUCCUUUAUUUCCAAGAAAUAAAAUCUGCAGUGUUAAAACUUUAUAAACCAAA